AUUUGUCAGCUCCAGCAGCAGAUAUCACAUUUUUUUUUUUUCUAAUAUUCAAAAUUCGUACCACUUGGCAGCACUUAAAAUGGUCACAUUGCGCUUCCUGACUCCUCGCAGGAUCGUCGACUAUUGUCGUCGUCUGCUGAGCACGGACCUGGUCACGGCCCUUCGUCCGUUCUACCAGGCCAUUCGGACGGAUGGCCUGGCUCACAAUCCGGCAGAGAAGCGGGUUAACGAGGAGUCACUACGUCUGCUUUGCUCCCAUCUGGAAUCCCUGACUGGGCCGUCGGCAAGUUGUCUUCCGCCCGAUGGCCAUUUGGAGUUCUAUAUUCCAUCGGGCUCGGAUGAGUCCGGUAGUCGGGUGGUUAGUCGACUGGUUAGGGUGCAGGUAGACCGGAGUUUAUUGGAUCCCAGGGCGGUGAUUUGCCAGAUUCUGAGGUCAUGUAAGCUGCUGCCGAAGGAAAAGGAGCAGGAACAAAUGAAGCGGGGUCAGGAGAUGGAAAAGGAGCUCGGAAAAGUGCUGAGAAAGGAACCGGUGAGGGAAAGGGUGAGACCGCCCCAAGCGCCAGUGCAAAAGAAUUUGAGUGCCUUAAGGGAACUCUUUAAGGAUGCCAAAAGGGAGCACUCUUUGGAAAUAUGGAUGCGUCAGGCCCUGGCACGUUCCCAGGCCUCCGAAGUCGCUACUCUACGCGGCAAAAUCGAGGGCAUUGAAGCGGCUUUGGUCCAGUUGUUGGGCAUUCGGGGAACCCGUUACGAUUGUGGCUGCAACAUGGAACGCUACCACAACUGCCUCAGCAUCCUCAAGGGCUUGUCCGAGGAUCCGAAGGUCGCCGGCCAGCUGGGAGCCCUUCGCAAUCGUUUUGUGGUCUUCGCACCGUACACUGGUAUUAGCUUGGAGGGCGAUGUAAUGCUCUUUUCGGGCGACUCCCCCUCGGGUUGGCUGGCCUUCCUCUCCGAGAUGCGUUUGCACGAGGAGCAACUGAGACUGGUGCCCCUGUACGAGAAAGCCCUGUCUGCCGUGCUCCUUGGCAUACGGAUUGAGAGGCGUAGGGUUCCGGAGCCGGGCUGUGAGGCGCGUGCCUAUGCGGGCAGCUUGAGGCGCGUGAUCCGUGCGGUCAGUGAGCACCUGAGGCUGGAGGAUAGUGUCCAGGAGUUGCCGGCAUCGCUGCAGGACCAUCAUUUGGCCAUUGUGCCGGAUAGUGAUAUACCGAAGGUUAGCCAAACCGGUCUCUUCUUGGCCCCGGCCUCCUGCUCCGGACCCGAUCUCGUGGAGUUCAUAUGCCGGAACUUGGACGUGGCCAGCGGGCGGUUCAGUCGCUAUCGCAGGGAUAUCCAGGUGGAGCGGCAAUUGUGGCGACAGUGCCAGGAGGAACUUGGCUUGCAGCGACUCAGCAAGGACGACUCUGUAACGCCGGACAAGAUGGUCAUGGCCAUACGGCAUCUGCUUCAGAGUGGCGUCAAGUCCUGUCGCGGUCUCAGUCUGCACAUCACGAACUAUUGGUCAGUGCCCACCGAUGGCAUCGUCUGCAUUCCCUGGGACUUUAUGUCACGCGAGAAGUAGCGCAUCCUGCUGGGUUGUGUCACUUAAAUUGCAUAAAUUGGUAGAUAAAUUGAAAGGUUUGGGCUUACGCUUUUAAAUGUUCAACUCG